UUUACUUACCAUUAUAGAAGAAAAGCUACUAUUUCUGCAUCAAACUUCAUUCCUUUACUUAUCAAGAACUGUCGCCAGCGGUGGAAAGCAACAGCAAUAUAUUUUGCUUCUGCUUCCACCACUUCUCUUCUUUUACUGAAGUUAGCAUGCUAACCAGCUAGAGCUGGUCUGGGUAACCUGUCUCAUCAUUUUCCGACUCACCGUAGUGUCCAGACUGCAUCUAAGGAAAAGUGAGUAUACUAACCUCUUAAAAAAAUCUUGUGGAAAGCCCUCGCAGAGCAGUAAAGGAUGUUAUAGAGUCAUGCUCAUGGUUCAUAGACAAAUUACUUAAGAAUGUAAUAUUUAGGUGUCCAUAUAUGUUAAGCCAUGUUGUGUAGGUGGAUUUAUAUGUGCUAUGAUUUUGAAGUAUCUGCACCUGAAACAUCAGAUGCUACUUUGAGACUGAAGCUGCAAAUUCUGUAGAAAAUUGACUGGAAAAAAUGUUCUGUACUCCAGGUGAACCAACCCUUCAAGCUGACUUGACUCAAAUGGAAUUCUUCACUCAACAUGUGAGGACGUUGACAGACAGCAGGCAGGUCAGGUAAUGGUGACACGCCUUCCCCUCUCAAUGCACUACAUGUUACAGCAGGUAUGACCAAUCAGUCAAUGGAGAGACAACGAGAGACAAUGAGAGAGAGCGAGUGGGUGGGUGGAAAACGUAGGGGGAAGAAAGCCUAAAAAGAACAGGAAGAAAAUAGAGCAUCUUCAGACUUCUUUCCCAGCUCUUGCUGUGUUCUGUCUUCUGUUCGGAUUUACGUUCGAUGCCUCGGUAACAAAAUGGCCCAGCAUAGCAGUCUUAAUUUCCUGAGCAACUCCACAUCCACCAGUGCACCAGACACCAUUGUGGACAACAAAACUGGCACCACUAUGGGCGCCCUCAUCCUGAGCCUUGUCUUUCUCUUGGGCCUACCUGGAAAUGUCUUUGUUAUCUGGAGCAUCCUGGCCCGUGCUCGAAAGCAGACCGUCACCACUCUCCUGAUUCUCAACCUAGCCAUUGCAGACGGCUCCCUGAUGGCCCUCACGCCAUUCUUCAUCAUAUAUCUGAUUUUGAAGAAGUGGGUGUUUAAGAAAAUGAUGUGUAAGAUCCUCUUCUACUUGUGUCUGGCCAACAUGUAUGCUUCCAUCCAGCUUAUCAUGCUGAUGAGCCUCUACAGGCUGGUGGCAGUCCUGUGGCCGCAACGGAUUAGUGUUAUCACCAGCCGGAGGACAGUCAUGAGGGUGCUUGCAGUGGUGUGGGCGCUGGUGAUGGUCGUCUCUGUUCCUGCAAUUAUCUACAGAGACGUGAGGAAUGAGAAGAAUACCACGUUGUGCGAAUCAUUUUAUGAUGACGAUAAAUCAUACCAUGCAGCCCUCCAGUACAUGCCGGAAAUUGUGUUGGGAUUUGUAAUUCCCUAUACUGUCAUUUUAGUCAGCUAUAUCUGCAUCUUACGUCGGAUCCGACAAACCAAGUUCCGCCGUCGAAUUCGCAGUGAGAAGCUCAUCCUUGCCAUCGUGUUGACUUUCUGCCUCUUUUGGUUACCUUACCACAUCGUCAACUUGGUUCAAGUUUCAUGGGGUUUAUGUCAAGAAGGUCCAGUAAAAACACUGCUGGGUAAAAUAUGGCACAACAGCCGUGCUGUCACCUCCUCCAUAGCCUUCAUCAGCAGCUGUGUCAACCCAGUGCUCUACUUCUUCGCAGGAAAGUCUUACAUCCAGCGAGAAGGGUUGGCGUUCAUGGCACGCUUGUUUGAGGGCACGGGGCUAGACUCGGCCACCAGGAAGAGCCGACAGAACAGCCAGAACAGUCGUGACAAAGACAAAGAGGCAGAUACCAUCAUGCUAAAAGACAAGGAUCAGGACUCUGUCACCAACUCAAACUCUAAUGUCAAACCAGUGAAGAAUGGCAAGUAGAGGACACAGGAGGCAGCAGACUUGAUGCUGGUGUUGUUGCUCAGGAGUUACUCUUAAAUCACUCAGGCUCCGUCCAGUCACAAGCAAUUUCUUUUCAUUGUAACUAUAAUUACGGGUACAUGUACAGCUGGUUCCUGCAAAUCAAGAAAGGCUUCAGCUGCUCCACAACAUGGUGUCUGUCUUGAUGAGACUGUUACAAACUUUAAAAAGGACUUGGCAUACUGCUCCUGGAACAGUUUGCUGCUUGAGGCAUCCAAAAGUCGCACUCUUGUGUAUGAGGUGUUGCUUAAACCUCACAACACAAUGAAGCCUUGCACUGACCUUAACUAUUCCAUAAAGGGAAACUGUGGAGUAUUUUCCAGGAGACUAAAACUCACCACCCCACCAAAGAACCUGUUAAAUACAAAAUCCAUCCAAACAGAGGUGGUUCCCGGUGUUUGCUGUAUAUGUUUACUGUAAAGUCAAUAUGAAACUUUUUAGAAAUUUUUUAUAAGAUUUGUCUGUGUAAUUUUCUUUAUGCAAUGUUUUACUUGUAAAAAAAAAUACCUGACAAAAGCACAGAAAUGUUUAACUGAACUGAAACAGUGAAUACUGUUGUACCUCAGUGAUGAGUUGAGAGUUGAAGAUGAGAGUUCAGGUUUGACAGGCACUUGAUUUUGUAUCUAGUUACAAGAUUCUACUGUUUUUCUUAUGUCUUACUGUCUUGAAAGCUGCAUGGAUGUAUUUUUGGUCGGUUGGGCACAGUGGAACAAGCUGUAUACACAGCAUUGACAUAUAAUGAGGUAAAGUUGUUAUGAUGAACAUGUUAGCAUAACAUAACAUGUUAGUUAUGUCCUACAGAACCACUCUCCUUUUAGCUCUGUUCAGGUCUCAACCAACUCCUGUGAUAAACAUUUGAGUCUUCAGCUGCUAAAUGGUCCGCUUUGUUCACCAGCUAGUCGCUAACUUCAACUCUCUGCUGUUUGGUACUGAGAAAACAGCGUGCCAUGAUUUUAACAGAGGCUUUUCAGUGAAAACUGCUCCCCCAUGUGGUUAGAUAUGAGAUUGUUGGGAGCAGUGAGGGUGUGUCAAACUGUACCAUUGCUGAGAAGUUAAAUUAAACCAACGGGAACUGUAGACUUAGAGGUUUAUUCUCGGCAGGUCAUCACUGCAAGGGACAUUUGGUCCAUUUUUAACAUGAAAAUAUGAAUUACUCUAGCCUUAAAGUGGAAUGUUUUAAUAUUUCACUGUGAGCAUGCAAUCAGUAAAACAAUGAAAUACAGGAAAAGCACAAAAUUGAUUUAAACACCUUUUCUUGAAACAUCACAGUUUUGUUAUGCAAUUAGAUACGUUCUGUCCCUCAUAAGCAACUUGAGACACGUAGAAAGAGGAACAUGAUGUAAAUCUGCCAAAAAGUCUGGUGCAACGGAGCAGACAGUUUACGAUAGAGGGAUGAAUUAAAGGUCAUGUAUCAACAAGAUCCUGGCUUUUUACUGGAAUAUUCACCUCCCCCCUCUUAUUCAUCCUCCUACUGUAUCUUGUGCUGUUCCUUCUUGCUCGUUCUUAAAACCGAUGCCAUCAGUUUCACAAUAACUCAUGACUCUUUAUGAUACCUGUUUUCUUUCCCUUUCAUCUGUUAACUGCAUUGUCACUGCAGGUCUGUGAUUCUUAGAAGAUGCUGUGUGUCAA